AUGCCACAACUCCACCCAACACCCCAGCAAGCCUACCUAACUCUCCUCCGUGCCGCACGCCUCGCCUUCGCGAGCGACACGCAAACACUGACAGCAGCGCGUGCCAAGAUCCGCCAGAAAUUCCGGCACACGCCCGCGGCGCAACGGGACCAGGGUGUGCGCUUGGCGCUGGAAGCAGCCGAGAUUUUGAGGAGGAAUGUGGUUCAGGGGGUCAUGAAGGAAGGGGAGGGGAUUUUUCGCUUGAGGAUACAUGAUGAGAUUGAGAAGGGGGAUAAUGCAAGUGUCAAGUUUGGUGGUGGGCGGGAUGGGGGGAAGUGUUGCUCCCGGUGAGGGGGAUUGUAUCAUAUCUUAAGGGGCGCGGGCGGGAAUCGGAUGUAAAAAAGCGGGUUGGGAUUAUG